UCUCUGUUCUUCUUCAUUCUCUGUUAUUAUGAAAGAAGGUAGUUGUUUGGGGUUUUUAGGCGGCGGCGGUGGUGGUUAUGGUGGUACAGAUCACAUAGCAGUAGCAGUAGAGUCUUCUUGUUGUGGAGGUGGUGGUGGUUCAAGUUCAAAAACAGGAGGGUCAAACAUGUCAACGAUAGUGUCAAAGGAGGAGGACAAUCUCAAUCUGGUCUUGUCAUCCACCGAGGUUUCUUCAUACCCCUCUCAUGAGUCCGAGUCUGAGCUCGAGUUGAGUCUUGGGUUGAGCCUUGGUGGUCCUCUUUUCAAGUCCCUACCAACCCAAACCCAAACCCUAACUCCAUGGAAUCAACGUGCUGUGAUCUUGGCCCCUCAACAUUUCCCUAAUUCUUUGCUUACCACCAACUCUUCUUCUUCUUCUUCUUCUUCCUCUGUCACCAAAGAUGUUGUCUCUGCUGCUACCAAGACACCUCCUCACAACAGUCAUGUUGUGGGUUGGCCUCCUUUAAAAAGAGAUCGGAUGAACAACUUCGUUAGCCGAGCAAAAUCACCAGCCACUGAAGAAUUUGACUUGAUAGUUGGGAGAAGUAAAAGAAAUAAUUGUACGGCAGAAAAGACUAGUAGUGGCAGCAAUGGUGACAUUAAUGCUAAGGAGAAUGGGCACCGCAAGACUUCCCUGUUCGUAAAGGUAAAUAUGGAUGGAAUUUUAAUUGGAAGAAAGGUGGAUCUAAAUGCUCAUAGAUGUUAUGAGACCUUAGUGCGGACACUGGAAGACAUGUUCGGUAAACCCACGACAUCCAUCAAUGCAAGAUGCAUAGAGGAGCAAGGUGUAAUGAAUGAAGCCACAGGAUCCUCAAAACUUUUAUACAGUUCAUCCAAAUUUGUGCUCACCUAUGAAGACAAAGAGGGAGAUUGGAUGCUUCUUGGAGAUGUUCCUUGGGGGAUGUUUAUUAGCUCUGUGAAGAGGCUUAGAAUCAUGAGGACAGCUGAAGCUAAUGGACUUGGAUUUCAAGAAAGGAACGCGAGACAAAGAAAGUAAGCCCAUAUAGAUUUUUCCUGCUUAUUUUCAGUAAGAUGAAAACAGAUCGUCUCUUGAAGAGUGAAACAUGGAAAGGAAAAGACGCCUACUGAAUGGUGAAAGCAUUUUGUUAUACUAGUGGCCGAUCCUCUGGUUCAUCUGUUGUUUUUGGUCACCACACUAUUUGCUUUUAUGUUUUUUUCAUACGUUAAUUAUCUGUUUUUGAGGCGAGCCUUUUUGUGAAGUUAGUAGCGUCUUUAUUUUUGUGUUAUAUACACAUGCAUACUUACACUGGAAGUUGUUCUUUGAUACUGUAAAGGGAGUGCUUAAUUGAUAUGAUUUUUGAGUUUUGCUACACCUUAAAAUGGAUUUGUUCAAUCCUUGUUAAUGGAAAGAGAGUUUACAUGGUUUUUGUA